AUGGCUCGAUAUGUCUACCACAGCGUCUUCCCGCCCUCUAAUUGGAUGCUACAGAACUAUCUGCUGUUCACGAAGCUGCAGCUUCCCACAAACACGGAAAUCGACGCUGUUGACUUUUUGAACGGCGCUCGUUUUGCCUGUGACUUGGCUGUCCACACCAUGUACUCGAGGGAGUUCGUCGACUUCGCCACGGGGACCACUUCUGUGUCCCCUGCAGCGGAAAAGAUGAAGUCCGGACUGUCAGUAGCUUGUUACGAAGCGUUUCUAUUUGCCAUGAAGCAGACGAGCAAGACGGGCAACAGAUUUACGCUUAGGCACUUGGACAUCAAUGGUGUCUAUCUCUACGACGUGAAUUGGGAUAGAAUGUCGUUGGCGGCGAUGAAGCAAGAGGAAGCGCUGGAAGUGUAUAACCGAGCACAGGUGGCCGGGUUGGAGCAACACCAGGAGGAGAGAGAGGUGGAAAAAGGGAAGACAGAUGCAGUUGACGGGGAGAAGAUGACGGUGGAAAGUUUGACGCCGGAUAUUAUUCCUGAGGAUCACGCGACGAUGGUUGAACGAUUACGGUUGGAUGUACUGCUGGAUACUGUCGAGCACUUGGAGGUCGCAACGGCUGAAUCUGCCGACCAAAAACAGCUGGAGAAAAAGUCAUCAGUUAUUUGGAGGUUUGAGUCACUUGUGACGCAGCCAGACGAUGUGGACUGGCGAAUUGUCACCGUCUUUUAG